UCUCUUUCUCUCUACACACACAGAGACAGCCAGCCACCCACACCCACUGUAUUAUUUCACCUCUUUCCUACUUAUAUUUAUUAAAGAUUCCCAUUUCUUGCUUUGUUUCUAUCGAUCAUCCCUUCCUUCUCCUUACAACUUAUCACGCACAGUAUUAUACAUAAGAAAGAAGACAGCGCUAGCUAGCUACCAUUCUUCCUUUUGCUGUUUCUUUUUCUUCCAUGCUUGCCUCAACCCUCAAGCUCAUCACUUUCAGGGAUUAGCUGAGGCUUAAAUUUGUAGGAAAAACCAUAUUUUCUAUUACAUUGCCAAAAGAUGGUACUUUCUGAACCAGACACCAUUGCUUAUGACACUGAUACCAAACCAAGUUCACCACAUCUUCUUCAUCAGCAACCAUUACAGGAAGAUUCACUGAAAGAUAGCUCAUUUUCUCCAGUAAAUGGACAGAACUCUCUCUUGUCGCUCACCCUUAAUGAAAUUCAACACAAAAGUGGCAAGAGUUUUGGGUCCAUGAACAUGGAUGAAUUUCUUGCUAACUUAUGGAGUAGUGUUGAUGAAAACCAGGUCACUUCACAACCCAGUAACCAAAACCAAAAUCAAAAUUCGAGCAAAGAAAAUGGUACCAAUAACAAUAAUCAUAACAAUAAUGCUAAUGGGGGAGUAAACCCUACUUCAUUAGCGCGACAAGGCUCCUUCUCUAUCCCGGCUCCGCUUUGCAAGAAAACUGUUGAUGAAGUAUGGUUUGAAAUUCAAAAAGAUCGAGCGGACCCUCAAAAGCCCAACAACAUUGGUCCUCAUGAGCCUCCUCGACGACAACAAACCCUAGGAGAGAUGACACUAGAAGAUUUCUUAGUAAAAGCUGGGAUAGUACAAGAAUCACCUGCAGAGUCAUCACAGUCAAAAAUGAUAACACCUAUUCAAAAUUUAAAUAAUUGUUUGGAUGCAACUUUUGGGAUGGGGCAAGUGAUGGGAAUUGGAUUCUCUGCCCAUCAAACUAUUGGAAAUAGUUUCUCUACAAGCAAUGGCUUCACACCUUACCAAAUGUUCCCUCAAAACAAAGGGUUUAUGGGAGAAGCACCAAGUAAUGCUAAAAAUGAACAAGGUCAAUUCGACAUGGGAGCACAACAAAGCAAGAAGAGGAUCAUUGAUGGUCCGCCGGAGGUGGUUGUGGAGCGAAGGCAACGGAGGAUGAUCAAGAACAGAGAGUCAGCAGCAAGAUCUCGAGCUAGAAAGCAGGCCUAUACAGUGGAGUUGGAACUAGAGCUGAAUCAACUCAAAGAAGAGAAUGCUAAGCUAAAGCAACUUGUGGAGGAAAUCGAACAGAACCGAAAGGAAGAGGUUCUGAGAAGGAAACCAUCAACAAUGCCACAAAAGAAGGCUGAUAAAUUGAGGAGCAUAAGGAGGACAGUGAGCCUAACAUGGUAAAUGAGAAAAAUGAGAAGAGAAAAGAAAAUAUGGUGAAGGCAGGCAGCUUUAGGUGGAUAAUUAAGAAAUUGAAGAAGAUACAUUAUUAUUAAAAGAUAAGAGACUUUGGGGUGUGAAUAUUUUACAUAGUGAUCAUAUUAUGUCUUAAAACUAUAUAUUAGUUUCAUAAAUAAGUAAUGAAGGUCCAAUAAGUGAAAAAGUAUAGUGUGUAAACUUGCUCUCUUUAAUUGCUUCCCUUAGAAAAUAAUCUACUAUUAUAAUGGAUGUUCUGCUCUUUCUCA